AAGGGGCGGUGGUGGGAGGGGGCGGGGCGGGCGGCGCGCGGCGGCCGGGGCGCGCGCGGCGGCAGCGCCAUGUCGUCGAUGGAGGACCCCUUUUUCGUGGUGAAGGGGGAGGUGCAGAAAGCUGUGAACACCGCCCAGGGGCUCUUCCAGAGGUGGACAGAGCUCCUGCAAGAUCCCUCCAUCGCCACAAGAGAAGAAAUCGACUGGACCACUAAUGAGCUCAGGAAUAACCUACGGAGCAUCGAGUGGGACCUGGAAGACUUGGAUGAAACGAUUAGCAUUGUUGAGGCAAACCCGCGGAAAUUCAACCUCGAUGCGACGGAGCUGGGUAUCAGGAAAGCCUUCAUCACGAGCACGCGGCAGGUGGUCAGGGAAAUGAAGGAUCAGAUGUCAAACUCCUCCAUGCAAGCGCUGGCUGAAAGAAAAAACAGACAGGCGCUCCUGGGAGAAAGCGGGAGUCAGAGUUGGAGCUCUGGACCUGACAAAUACAGCCGCCUGGACCGGGAGCUGCAAUUAGCAAAUUCACACUUCAUUGAGGAGCAGCAAGCUCAACAACAGUUGAUUGUGGAGCAGCAAGAUGAGCAGUUGGAGCUGGUCUCUGGCAGCAUCGGGGUGCUGAAGAACAUGUCCCAGCGCAUUGGCGGGGAGCUGGAGGAGCAAGCAGUGAUGCUGGAUGACUUCUCCCACGAGUUAGACAGCACUCAGUCGCGGCUUGAUAACGUCAUGAAGAAGCUCGCCAAAGUGUCUCACAUGACGAGCGAUCGACGGCAGUGGUGUGCAAUUAUUGUCCUCUUCGUCAUCUUGCUGGUGGUGCUCAUCCUGUUUUUCGUCCUGUGAUGGACUGAACUUUCUCGGACGCCCCCUCCCCGCCCCCUCGCCCCUGUAGCAUGGGGAAAUGAAACUCUCACCGUUUCCGUCCGCCCACAGAGAUCCCCAGCAAGAAAACCCACACCCAGCUCUCACCAUUCUCCUCUGAGGACUGCAGUUUGGCUCUGCCGGGAUCUCACCUGGCCCUGGGGAGGGGGUGUGAAGGACUGGAGCUGCCUCUUUCCCCGGUGGACCUGGGCUCCAGGUCUGGACUAGGCAGCCGGAGGGGGAUUUGACCCCUGCACUUCCACCCCGUGCAGGUAGGAGCCAGUUGCAGCGGUCCCGAGCCACCUGCGGUCGGAUGUGGACACAGAGCAGUGAGCCCUGGGGAGGAUGGGACUGGGGGGUGGGAGGAGAGGAAUUAGUUAAUUCAGUGAGCAUUACAAACCACAUCGCCAGCCAAAAGCAUUACCAGGAGGAGCAGCGGUGUGAAACCCUGCACGCUCAUGGCGAGGGAGGGGCGUCUAACUCCCCCUGCCCCAUGCUGCCUUCCUCCCGCUGCCUUCCUCCUGCCGGCCGGCUGCGUGCCGCCGCCUCACCGCCCCGAUACCACGGUGAGUCUGCGGCAGGGCGUUCGCACCCACCACCCCUUGGCAGAAGCUUAUGUGCAGGUGAGCCCUUGGGCGUACCAUCCUGCUGUCGGCCAGCCGGGCGCGAUUAGGAACCCCAGAGCUUUAAACUCGGGUUUAUGGGUGCUGAAAGCUGGCAAAUGACCAUUAGCCGGGGAGUGAGUUUCUUAAAGCUUUUAAAAUUGCCUCCUUCGUUAUACAAGCCUCUAAAGCUCAUUGACUGACGCUUUCUUUUCCCUUGUAUAACUGAGUAACUGCUUCUGCUUAACAGCUGCUUCCCAUUGGCAAGUGAUUUGUCAGGUCUAAAAUAACUUAUUUUUUUUAAGGAAAAAAAAAACUUUAAAGAUUUUUUUGAUGACCAUUCAGGCCACAUUCUCUCUGCAGGUGCAUGACACGCAUUAUCAGAGGGAUUGGGCCUAAUUAUGUAUUUUAAGUGCAUAUGAACUUGUAAAUAGGAUGUCUUAAUUUUUUCCCAACGGCUAUUUUUUGGACACCUCCGUUGUAAGCAACCAAAAGGCAGGAGAUUCAAAGCUAGGUCACAUUUCUGUAUUACUUCUCAGUCCUUUUGUUACCUUGGCGUUGUUCAUCACUCGAGUUUGUCUCAGCAGCGUCGGAUAGCCUAGUUGUCUCCCUCAUACAGUGAAUUAGGAGUUAGCCAGGCGAUCGAUACCAAAACGUGGUGAAGAAAGCUCACCCUGGCAGUAUCACCGGGGAGAAACGCAGACGGCGGGGGUUCGUGCUGCAAACACCGAUUGCAGGAUACGGGGUGACUCUUCAGGAAAGCAGAAACAAGUUCUUGCUGAAGCCUGCUCCCAUAUUUUAAGUUGCAAACACCGAAAGAGUUGGGACAGGCUGGCUUACGCCUCCCAUCUGGGUCUCAGAUGGGGCCGGGGGAGGAAGUCAAUUGGUGCUGAUGCGAAGACUUCUGCUGAAACUGCAAAUCACCCCCGAAAAUGAUCCUCCCCGAGCGGGAAACUCACCACCAGACGACUUUACCUCCGGGAUGCUUAGCCCAGACUGAACACUCCUCCCCACCGGGUUUGUGGCUCCCUUCAAGCAGCUGUGUGACACCCCCCACCCCCCCCACAGGCGCCAGGCUCUUACAGCCGGCAGCAUCGUGCCUUCCGCAGCCGGGCGCCAGAAUGGGGGGGGGGCGAGGCCGAGCUGCCCUGCCACACUUGGACAGGCGCUCUCGUCGUUAACGCACACGUGUCCUUAGUGCUAACCCGCACUAAUUAUUUCAGCAGUAGUUCUUUAUCCUUGCAGAGCGCCUUGUUUCUUUUGGUUACGCUACAAGAAAUACGCGGUGUCUCCUUUCCAAGGCUGGCUAUCACGGUGUCUGCGCGGCUCCUUGGGCUUAAUACCUCUCCAGGAGCAGGUUCCUGGGAGCGCGAGUCCGACCAGGGAGCAGGGCUCGCCCUUGACUGGUAUUUGCACACCUCUGAUCCCCACGUUAUUUUCGGCAUGGUUGUGUGCAUCCUCCGGGAACGAUCCCCGACGCUCUGUGUGGGAUCGCUCCUUCGUUAUUCCAGCGUACUGCUGGUGGGCGGCCCAGCUGCUGGCAUCACCGCAAGCCACCAAAACCGUCUUUGGUCCCUUUUCCCGUGUACGUUUGCUUUUUCUGUUGUUGGUGGUGCCCCUCCCUUUAACACUAAAUAAAUGUAUUGCUGCUGCCCAGCGUGGUGCAGCACAAAUCA